AUGCUUUUCUUCGAAGUACAGGAAAGGCUGGGUAUUAACUUAGACAGCAGGUUGACAAUCCAGAGCAUCAAACAGCCUUACAAGAUUCCAAGUCGAUGCCAUGCUUUUGAUAAAGAAUAAAUAGAAUGUGCACAUGGAGGCACAUGAGCAAAGAAAGAGUGCAAGAUAGAAUAUGAUGAUUUUUUUAAAUGUAUGCUUCAUCAGAAAAUGAUCUACUGCCUGAGUGCCAGGAAGCAGUGGGAUAAAUUAAUGAAGGAAGGGAAGUCCACACCUCUGCCUCACCACUCCGGUCAGGAGGAUCCUCAGCCAUGA